AUGAUAGAUGUGGAAGCAGUGGCUCUUGGAAGAAGAGUUUACAUCACUUUUGUUUACGGGGAUCCAGUUCAGGAAUUAAGGGAACAAGUAUGGGAAAGGUUAACCCGGUUUGGGCUUGCGCGUUCUGAACCCUGGUUUGUCAUAGGGGAUCUCAAUGAGAUCACUGGUAAUCAUGAAAAAGAUGGAGGGGCGAUAAGGAGCCCUGAUUCUUUCGUUCCUUUUAAUACUAUGAUUCGGAAUGGCGGACUAUUAGAGUUCCCAGCACGUGGGAAUAAAUUGUCCUGGCAAGGACGGAGGGGUAAGGGAGUGGGUGCAGUGAUGGUUCGAUGUCGUUUGGAUCGGGCUCUGGCUAAUGAGGAAUGGCAUACUCUAUUCCCAUGUUCAUACACGGAAUACCUCCGUAUGGUGGCAUCGGAUCAUCGACCGGUGGUGGCUUAUCUGGAGGACAAAGUAGUAAGGAGGAAAGGACAGUUUAAGUUUGACAAACGUUGGAUCGGACAGGAUGGCUUAUUAGAGGCUAUCACUUCCGGCUGGAAGGAACAAAAUGGAUCCCAACCAGAACCGUUUGUCACAAAGAUUAGUAAUUGUCGACAUGAAAUUGCAAAGUGGAGAAAGGAUAAUCCCCCUUUCGGAAAGGAAAAAAUAAAUGAGCUACAAAAAGCUCUAGAGGAGGUUCAGAUGGAUAAUAACAGGUCACAGGAGGAUAUCCUGGAUGUCUCUAGGAAGUUACAAGAGGCAUAUAAGGAUGAAGAAGACUAUUGGUUUCAAAAGAGUAGGAAUAUGUGGUAUUCAUCUGGGGACCGCAAUACAGAAUUUUAUCAUGCAUUGACAAGGCAGCGGCGGGUGAGAAAUAGAAUUGUUGGACUACAUGAUGUUGAUGGUAACUGGAUAACGGAUGACGAGGGAGUGGAGAAGGUAGCAGUGAAUUACUUUGAUGAGCUGUUCACUACUACCUCUCCAACGGCUUUCGACAAUUUUUUAUCAGAAAUACAACCAUCUAUCUCUACGCAGACGAAUGGGUGGUUAUUAAGACUGGCUACUGAGGAAGAGAUCCGGCAAGCUCUGUUUAUGAUGCAUCCAGGCAAAGCCCCAGGCCCUGAUGGAAUGACUGCAUUAUUCUUUCAACAUUCAUGGCAUAUCAUUAAGUCAGAUUUGGUGGAGUUGGUAUUAUGCCAACGGCUGAAGAUAUGUUUACCAUCGCUUAUAUCAGAAACUCAAUCAGCCUUUGUGGCAGGACGUCUGAUCUCGGAUAAUAUCCUUAUAGCACAGGAAAUGUUUCAUGGUUUGAGGGCCAAUAAGGCCUGCCAAGGUAAAUUUAUGGCCAUCAAGACAGAUAUGAGUAAGGCGUAUGACAGGCUUGAAUGGGAUUUUAUCCAGGCAAUCUUGCUGAAAAUGGGAUUUGAUACUCAUUGGGUUAAACUUAUGAUGGCCUGUAUCUCAUCGGUUCAAUAUAGAGUUUUACUCAAUGGUCAACCAAGGGGUCUUAUUAUCCCACAAAGGGGCUUAAGACAGGGAGAUCCGUUAUCCCCCUAUUUAUUUAUAUUAUGCACAGAGGCGCUAAUUGCGAAUAUUAAAAAAGCGGAACGGGAGAAUCAGUUGACUGGGAUGAAGGUGGCUCGCGCUUGUCCUUCGAUAUCUCACCUUCUCUUUGCGGACGAUAGCCUCUUUUUCUGCAAAGCACAAGAGGCAGAGUGUCACACCAUUCUUAGGAUCCUCCAGGAUUAUGCUGCAGUUUCUGGACAAUUGAUUAAUUUCCAAAAAUCGUCCAUUCAGUUUGGACAUAAGAUUGAGGAUUCAAGAAGACAGAUGAUGCGAGAUAUCUUAGGAAUACAGAAUGUUGGUGGUAUGGGUACUUACUUAGGUCUCCCAGAGAAUAUGGGAGGAUCAAAGAUCCAAAUUUUUGGAUUUGUACAGGAUAGAGUAAGCUCUCGGGUUAAUGGAUGGACUUUUCGAUAUUUUACUAAGGGGGGAAAGGAGGUGGUAAUUAAAUCGGUAGUCACUGCGAUGCCAAAUCAUGUGAUGUCGUGUUACCGCUUGCCCAAAGCAAAUACGAAGAAAAUUACUAGUGUUGUGGCUAGAUUUUGGUGGAGCCCUGGGGGAAGCACAAGAGGUAUGCACUGGAAAUCCUGGGAUAAAGUUUGUGCGCCUAAGGACCAGGGUGGUCUGGGUUUUAAGGACAUAAUGGAUUUUAAUACAGCAAUGCUGGGUAAACAGUUAUGGCGACUCAUUGAGAAGCCGAACACGUUGUUUGCCCGCGUGUUUAAGGGUCGGUACUACAGGAAUGCAUCACCCCUGGAUCCGAUUCGUUCCUACUCUCCAUCCUAUGGGUGGAGGAGUAUUAUCUCUGCUAGAUCUCUGAUGGCAGAUAGAGAUGGAUGGCACUUUGCGAAAAAUGGACGGUAUACGGUUAAAUCAGGUUAUCAGGUGGAACGGGUAUACCCAGAUCAGCAAUCUCAGGCAGAGACCUACGGACCCACGGCAAGAGGGAUGCAAGGAGAUAUCUGUUGUGCUCGAUGUGGGGCUCCAGAGGAAUCUAUAAACCAUGUCUUUUUUGAAUGUCCACCGGCAAUUCAGACAUGGGCGCUUUCUAAGAUUCCAUCUAAUCCUGCAAUCUUUCCAACGGAAUCACUCUACGCAAACAUAGAUCAUCUAUUUUGGCGCGUUACUCCAAAGAUGGAUGAUCAUCAAUUUGCGUGGAUACUUUGGUACAUAUGGAAAGCAAGGAAUAGUAAGGUAUUUAGUGAUCUGGAUAUUGAUCCUCGUGAUACUCUUGGGAAGGCCGAGACAGAAUCUGUUCUGUGGGCUGAUGCACAGGUGAUUCCUGAGCAUGAUGCACACCAGAGAGAUAUGGCUCCCAUACCGGUGAGACCGGGCAGGUGGUGCUUCUCUGAUGGCUCAUGGAAGGCAAACGAUAUUUUCUCGGGACAAGGAUGGUAUAGCACCUUACCAGGUUUUGACGGUUUGAUAGGUGCAAGAAACACAAGAGCCAGUCUUUCACCUCUCCAUGCAGAGUUUGAAUCACUAAUCUGGGCAAUGGAAUAUAUCAAGACCCUUAGCACGGGAUUUCAGAGCUCGGAGAUCAUCUAUGUACCAAGAACACAGAACACACAGGCGGACAAACUAGCACGCAGUGCAAGAAUCCAACCGUCGUUCGUCGUUCACAUGGAUGCAGAGCUACCCUCUUGGUUAACAGAGUCUAUAUGA